UGUGGUGUGUUGCAAUUUUGAUUUGUUGUGUAAUUUGCGGCAUUCAUUGAAUUAAUUGUUAAUAUUUUGACAAUUAAUAUUUUAAAGGUGUUUUUUUUGUCAAGUGUUCUUCUUUAGUUUAGAUCAUAUCAUAUUUAAAAUCAGUGUGAGUGCUGAGAAAGAUUCCAUAAGUGACACUUUUAAUAUGGAUGCCUCAACUUCCUUCUCGGCAGAUUCUGGAGCAAGUUCUUCAACAAGCUGUGAUAUUCCUAGCUGUCAUGUUAGUGAAAUGGACACUGCAGUUGCUGAUGUUGCUGGGUCCUUAGCAGAUGUAAAACUUUCUCAAAAACCGGUCUGCUUGAUUGUUUUAGGAAUGGCAGGAUCUGGUAAAACAACUUUUGUUCAAAGGAUAACUUCUUAUUUGCAUGCACAAAAAACUCCUCCAUAUGUGAUAAACCUGGAUCCAGCAUGCCACAAUGUUCCUUUUCCUGCAAAUAUCGACAUCCGUGAUACAGUUAAAUAUAAGGACGUUAUGCAGCAAUACGUACUUGGACCUAAUGGUGGAAUUAUGACCUCAUUGAAUCUGUUUGCUACUCGUUUUGACCAAGUCUUAAAAUUUGUUGAUAAGAACAGUUCUAAGUGUAAAUAUGUUAUCCUGGAUACACCUGGACAGAUUGAAGUAUUUACUUGGUCAGCUUCUGGUAUGAUAAUUACUGAAGCAUUGUCAUCGUCAUAUCCAACUGUUGUAGUGUAUGUAAUGGACAUUGUAAGGAGUGCCAAACCUGUUACUUUCAUGUCAAAUAUGUUAUAUGCUUGUAGUAUUUUAUAUAAGACCAAACUCCCCUUCAUUGUAGUCUUAAACAAAACAGAUGUCCUAGACUGCAGCUUUGCCAUUGAAUGGAUGAGGGACUUUGAAGUUUUCCAGGAGGCUUUAGAAGCAGACACUUCCUAUGUUUCUAACUUAACCCGAUCAAUGAGCCUGGUUUUAGAUGAGUUUUAUAACAACCUUCGAGCUGUUGGCGUUUCAUCUCUUGUUGGUUUGGGAAUUGAUGAGUUUUUCAAAAAUGUAGAUGAUGCAGCAAAGGAAUAUGAGACUGUUUACAAGCCAGAGUAUGAAAAAAUGGUGCAGAAGAAGCAAGAAAUGGAAAAGGCCAAGCAGCAGAAAGAAGUAGAGCGUUUGAGAAAGGACAUGGGGAAAGGUUCUGAAGUUGAACUUAAUGACGAAUCCAUGAAUUUGACUGAUGUGCAUAGUGAGCCUAGUUAUGUACAGCAUGGUAUAGAAGAUGAAGAUACAUCUGAUGAAGAUUGGACCACUGGAAAAUUAAAUUACUAUAGUGAAGAUUGAGGAUUCAGUGUAUGUGUUGUGAUUUGUAAAAAUUCUUUCUCUAUGUGUUGUUUCCAAUCCUCUAUGUGCGGUGUCCAAUUUUGCAUGUGCUGUGUCCAAUGCAUCAUAUGCUGUAUCCAAUAAUCCAUAUGCUGUGUAUAUUUUGGUAUAUCUCUUAUCCUCCUGGUAUGAUAAGAGAUUUAUCAAGAUAUUUUUAUAUAUUUACAUUAAUAAUUGGAAAUAACAGCCAAUAAUAUAAACAUUUGUACUAUUUUCAAAUGUAUAAAAAGGAUUUAAAAAAUCUUAAGAUUUGAUUUGAUGUAUAGGUCACAUUAUGAUCAUGAAGGAUUUAACCAGAUCAUUUAUGAUGAUCUGGAUAUAGUGGUUACAAACUACAUUGGAUGUGUUGUGAUUUGUUAAAAUCUCCAUAUGUUUAGUAUAUCUUGGUAUAUUGCUUAUCAUGGUAUAUUAAGAUAUAUAUUGACGUAUUUUUAUAUACUUGUUUGCCCUGAUCAUUUGCAAUCAUAACCAGGUAUAAAAAUAUUUAUACAAUUUUUAAAUGCAUUAAAAAUUACUCAAGAAUAUUAUAAUUUUAUUUAAUGUUUUAAUUUAAAUUUAUGGAAAUUAAAAAUUAAAAGUACAAUUUAAAAUUAAAUUACAAUGUAAUUACACUUUAAAAUUAAAAUACUUUUCAACAUUUGAAUAUUAAAUUGUUAAUUGUAUUUUUGUAUUGCAUAUAUCAACCUUUUUCAUGAUUUAAUGUAUAUAUAUUAAAGCUGUAAGAUUGUGUAAAUCUUGCAUAAUAGAAUAAAAGUUUGAAAAACUUA